AUGGCUGAGAUCAGCCUCCAGACCACGCAACCAAAGAUCAGCGGUUUCUUCACGAAACCAACGGGAGAGCAUGCAUCUGGAGUUCAGAAUACUCCGCAGAUCCUGGUGACUGCUCCAACACAACCAGAUCUCUCAGGCUCUUUGUCAUCUACGCGUCCUCUUGACGUUUCAGAAGAUAAAGUAGAUUCUCAGGAGUCUCAUCCUGCACGCGAGGUUAUCGUCAUUGAAGACUCACCAGUGAAGCCAACCGCAGUUGAACUACUGCCUUCUAUCGAUACAAUAUCAAAGAAUAAAAAAGAGGAUUCCAAUGCCUCCUCACUGCUCACUUCAGCAAAACCUACGAAACCGGUCCAUCCUUUCUUCGCUGCACGCGUCCCACCGAUCACGUCGACAUCGAAACAUGCUUCUAAGUCUUCCAAGGUGGUCCCUGUAGUCGCAAAUGGAGAUUACUUUCCAUGGCCAAACCAUGAAUUUGCUCAUGUUGGAUACUCUUCCACAAGAGAUCGCCUUCCGCACGUAUUUGAGACCCAAAAGCAUAAAUCUCCUCAAGGGAUCACAAAAACGUCCUCUGAUUUGUCGCAAUUCGUCGAUCUCACCCUUCAACACCGGACCCUUCUUCGGUCGGAGUACUACAUAAACAAAGAAACUGCAAUAGAAGAAAUCCCAGCAGAACAUCGCCGGAUACCCGCUGUUGCUCGAAUAUUAAACGAGGAGCAUGUCAUCGGCCCGAACCACCAGUUGUGGAAUGACAAGUUUGCCCCUAAAAGAGCGGAGCACGUCUUACAGAAUCAAGAACAGGCUAUAUACUUAAAGUCGUGGCUUCAGAUGUUGGAAGUCCAGCUAGAGUCUACGAAUCCCAUUGACGCUCCGAGAGGAGUCAAGCGGUCGAGGCCCGCAAUCUUGAGGGAUGUCGCGAAGCGGAAAAGGCGGAGAAGAAACUCUGAAGAUUCGGACGAAAUUGAGGAUUUCAUAGUGGAGGAUGACGAGGAUGACGGUGGCAAUCUCGACCUUCAAUCCUACGAUGAUCUAGAUGAUGAUCUUCGAAGUAUUGGAGAUGAUCUUCCCCGAACAGCGACCACUACCAGCACUCCACUCAGUUCUAGGAGUAACUCUCCCCUUCCCCCAGCGUUUAUCUUUUCGUCUCUUGGAACGCGGUCACGACCGUCAGCUCGCCGCAUCGCAGAGUCAUCUCCCGUGUCAACACCUGAACCAGGACAUCCAGCUAUAAUCCCAGCUACUUCUCCAAAAUUCGUUAAAUUCGAGGAGAGACUUGCAAAUACGAUUGUACUUUGUGGCCCCUGUGGCUCAGGCAAGACGGCUGCAGUUUAUGCUUGCUCUGAAGAGCUCCAAUGGAAGGUAUUCGAGUUUUACCCAGGGAUUGGAAAACGCUCCGGUUCCGCGUUUAUGAAUGAGCUCGGAGGUGCCGGAGAAAACCACAGAGUGGGAGGUACGGUGGUCAUGGAUAACGAGAACGCUGGCCAACAUCAAGCUCAGUCGCUUGGUUUCCUGACGUCUCCCUCCAAGAAGAAGAAUGGUGUCGCGGCGAUGUCACCUAUUUCGGAUGUGCUACCCACCCAAGUCGAAGUCCGUCAGUCCCUCAUCUUGGUGGAGGAGGCAGACAUCUUAUAUCAAUCCGAUACCAAUUUUUGGCCGACCCUGAUCAAUUUCAUUCGCAAGUCGCGGAGACCGGUCAUCUUGACCUGUAACGACGUCAGACUUAUUCCGGUUGAUGAUCUCCCUCUGCAGAUGGUUCUGUAUUUUAAUCCAUGUGACGCAUCCCUGGGUACCUCCUACCUUCAAGCAAUCGCGAUUGCCGAGGGCCGGCUCGUCAAACGAGAAUGCACCCAGGCAUGCAUGGAGGGCUCGAUAUACUAUCCGAUCAAAGUGGACAUUCCAGACCAGCCGAUGCAUCCUCUUCCCUCAGAGCAGCCGCUGUUCCAGCACGAUCUGAAGAAGGCAAUAAAUGCACUUCAAUUCCACCUCGCUGUGAACAACACCGGCGAACGGAUCGAAGAUAACGACGUUGCGCUAUUGUCUGCCGUAACGCCCGAGGACACGCGAUAUCGCCCACAAUCGUCGAAUGAGGAGAUGGAUGAACUGAGAGCGCUGGGAGUCGCUUUGGAUGCCGUAUCACUGAGUGAUGCAUUGAUUGAUAGGCGAGCAAAGGUUACUUUAGAGGCGCAGUCGAUUGACAGAUACGGACCCUCUGGAGACGACAUUCAAGGCCACAUGCUGCUGAGCAAGGUAGCGGCGCCGGAGGAGGUCGCCAAUUCUGUGCUCUGCCCACGCGACGAGGACAUGGCAUUGUGGGUGGCGUCCCACGCAGAAGUUCAGCUGAAGCAACGUGGGUCCGUGCAGUUGGCUAAACGGGGAGUGGUCCCCCGUGCUGUCGAGAUGGUAUCAGGAGAGGGAGAGUCUGUCCCGGGACUGGAAGACAGCAUGCAGCUUGCAACACGCAGGAGGGAGUAUCAAGCGAGGAUUGUUCAAGCACUCGAUGAGAAGAUUACGCUCCAGGGGUGUCUGCUGCCGUCAGAGGGGUGCGUUCUGGACUAUGUGCCGUAUAUGAUGGAAAUGGCCCGGGGAGAGCACGGAGGAUGGGGAUGGAUGAGUACCGAGGGGAGAGGGACGCUCCUUGCGGAAAGGCUUGUGCUGCCAACGUAA